AUGAAGGGUGAUCGUUCGAGGCAAAACAUGGCUGUGACAAAGAAGGCAAAGUCGAAAAAAAAUGACGAGCCUAAGAAGGCCCUGAAGACAGGUGCAACCGAAAAAGGUGAGGGAUCCAAGCGCUAUUCCUUGUGGAAUUUCUGGAUAAGCACACUAUUUCUAAAAUUGCUGCUGAUUCCUGAUUAUUUCAGCACAGAUUUUGAUGUUCAUAGAAAUUGGCUAGCAAUCACCAAUAAACUGCCUAUUAGCAAAUGGUAUUACGAGCAUACUAGUCAGUGGACGUUGGAUUAUCCACCAUUCUUUGCCUAUUUUGAAUGGUUUCUAUCGCAAUUUGUUCCCAAAGUUGUUCGUGAUGAUGGCUGUUUGGAUAUCGUAGAAGUGGGGAAGUUUGGCUUGCCAACAAUUGUUUUCCAAAGACUUACUGUCAUCUUCAGUGACAUUCUUCUAUUUGUUGUCCUUCAGGUAUACAUUAAUACAACCGACCUAAGCGAAAGAUCUCAAAGUUUUGUUGUUGCCUCUAGUAUAGUAUUAUCACCUGGAUUUUUUAUGAUAGAUCACAUUCACUUUCAAUAUAAUGGUUUUCUUUUUGCCAUUCUUAUUGGCUCCAUUGUUGCUGCCAAGAAGAAGAGGUACAUUUUGUGUGCCAUUUUAUACACCACUGCUAUAUGUUUCAAGCAUAUAUUCUUGUAUUUGGCACCAUGCUAUUUUGUAUUUUUGUUAAGAGCAUACGUCCUCAAUGUUAACAAUUUCAAAUUCAAAAGUUACAAAGAUUUCUUGUUUUUGAUUAGGUGGGCAAAUCUUUUCAAGUUAGGCAGCAUUGUCAUUGGGAUUUUCACUAUUUGUUUCUUACCAUUUGCUCAUCAAAUGCCGCAGGUACUGAGCAGACUAUUCCCAUUUUCAAGGGGAUUGACACACGCAUACUGGGCGCCUAACUUUUGGGCACUGUAUUCAUUUAUGGAUAAGAUACUUACCACGAUAAUGUUGAGAUUACCGUAUGUUCACACAUUUGCUACAAAGUUCAUCAAGCCACCUUUAAUACCUCAAAAUCUCAAAGAAAUCAAUGAAAGGCUUGCGGCAAACAACAACGGAAGUAAAGGCCUAGUUCAAGAUGUAUUUUUUGUUAUUCUUCCUCAAAUUCCUCCCAAACUAACGUUUAUUUUAACAAUAUUCUACCAGAUUUUGGCCGUACUUCCUUUAUUGUUUGACCCAUCUUUCAAAAGAUUUGUUGGCUCAUUAACUCUUUGUGGGUUGGCCUCAUUCUUAUUUGGAUGGCACGUGCAUGAAAAGGCUAUAAUGUUAGUUAUUGUCCCAUUCACAUUUCUUGUUGGAUUUGAUCGUCGUCUGCUGGUUCCGUUUAUGCUCAUUGCCUCAGCUGGUUACGUUUCUUUGUAUCCGCUUCUUUACAAAGGUCAAGAUUACUUCAUCAAAACCUUAUACACCUAUGUUUGGUGCAUAAUUUAUUUCGCAGCUUUUAGGAAAACUACAAAGAUUUCUUCAAGCGUAGAAAGAAGGAUUUUUUUCUUGGACAGAUUGGCAUUGACGUAUAUCUUUUCAUUGUUACCAAUGGUAACCGUAUUACAAAUACUAGACAAGGUCAAAUGGAGGUAUUCAUUCCUGCAAAGAUUUGAAUUUUUAGGAUUGAUGAUAUACAGCGUUUAUUGCUCAUUAGGUAUAAUCAGUUCAUGGUUUGCCUUAUCGUGGUUAUAUAAUUUUGAUGAAUUAUUGUGGCAGUAA